AUGGUGGCAGGCGAUCCGCGCCGGCCGUCUGCGUCGCCGCCUGCGCGCGGUCUUCUCCCUUCGUCUCUGAUGCCUCCUUCGUUCGCCCCGCACCCUUCGCAUGUCUCUUCUGGCGGGUCGGUCUUCUUCGGCUCGCCGCCAGUACCCUUCUACCCUCCCUCUGCUCCUGUCCCUUCGUCUUUUUCGAUGCCGCCGCCCCACGACUCCAUGCUGCUUCCCUCAGCGCCCCUCCCCUUUCCGAACGUCGGAGAGCCCGGCGAGCGGCUCCUCCCCUGCGGGACGGCUGGGCCUCGUGGGGUGUCUCUGUCUCCGCUGCCUUCGUCCUUCUUGCCGGGGACCGCCUCGGCGCCGCCGUCGGCCUUCCCUGUCUACAUGCACCCGGCAAACCAGCCGUUCCCGAUGGAGGGCCGGGAAGACGGCCGAUCGCUCGCGUCGGGCGCCCGCGGCGUGCCGCCUGGGGAAGGGAACUUCCUCUUCCCGCUCUUCCCUCCCGGGGCGUCGACCUUCCAGGACAAAGACGAGAAGAAGCGGCCGCGCGACGACCGGGACGGCAGACGCGAAGACGUGAGGCGCGAAGACGGAAGGGACCCGUCCCCGGGACGCGGGGGCGACCGCCUGGAGCGGCGAGUGGGUCGACACGACGGCGGACGGAGCCCGAGGCCGAGCGGCAGGUUUCGCCCAGACGGAGACCAGCCAGGCGAGAAAGAGGAGUGGGGCGGAGACCGAGGCCGUCGCGACGAGCGACGCGACCCACGGCGGGGCAGCCGCGAACCGUUCGGAGACGGCAGGGACGAGAAACGCGGCAGAGACGCCGAAUUCGAAAAGGGUUCCUCUGGGUGGAGCCGCCGCGGGGUGUCGCCCAACUCUGGGGCCAAGCGGCCCAGACAGCAGGAGGCUAGCUCUGAGGCAGGCUUGUUGCCGACGCCCAGUCACCUCGCGUCUCUGGUGCACGCGGAGCACGCGUUUACCUUUCGCGGCCGCGCCGACCCCGACGGCGAGGGCCUUCGCCUCGGAGACAGCCAGCGCGACGAGGACGAGCGCAACACCGGAGAGGGUGCGAGAAAGGUCGAGGAGACAGGGCGGGCGCGUCGCGACGGCCGUUUCGACGCGACGCCGACCCACGGCGCGUCGCCGCAUCGUGGAGGCCGAGGCCGAGGCGGACCGUUCGCUGCAGGGAAACGCGGGGAGAGUGGACACGCGCCGCAUGCGCCGUCUCGAGAGCGCGGCGGAUGGGGCCGGGGCGCCGGAGGGGCGCCAGGCGGCCGGCGAAGAAGAGACGAGAGCGAAGCGUUCGAAGGGAGACAGCGGCGACGCAGCAGCGAGACGUCCAGUUCAUGCCCUCGGAACCGACGAGGCAGUCCGUCGAUUCAGCGCCCUGAACGCGGAGACACCGCGGGCGCGUCACCCGCGGCCGGGCAACCGGGCGCGUGGAACGAGAGCGAGCGGAGAGACGGCAGGCGACAGAGUUGCGGCUCGUCGAUUUCCUCCUCGCUGUCGCCAGCGCGAGACGAAAGCGAAGACGGCAAGCCUGCGUCGCCCUCGCAUUUGUCCCCGCCCUCGGCGGCGCCUCUUGCCUCUGGCAACCCCUUCUUCCCUCCUGUCGGCUCCGCCAUCUUUCCUGCGGGCGGCCCCCGCCCGCAGACGCCGGGCGAGAAAGACAAAGAGAGCAGAGGCGCGCAGAGCCCGAGCCGCGUGGCAGGCGAAGAGCGCGGAGACGAUGCUGGCGCGACGCAGGCGAGUGAGAAUUCGACGCGAGAAGACGGAAAGGCGCGAACCAAAGGACAUCCCGAACUGCCCUUUUUCUUCGACUUGUGGGUCCCGACGACCUUCCACCCCUCGUGCCCGGAGCGCGUCCGCCUCGUCCUCGGCCCGAAAGGAAGGACACACAAAGAAAUGGAGCAGCUGGCGAGGAUGCGCAUCCAGAUCUACGGCAAGGAAAUGAUUCGCAGCACGCGGCGGCACGGCUACGACGCUUUCAGAGACAAUCAGCCGCUGCAUUUGGUGGUGACCUUCGACCGCAUGCGGCGCGAGGCCCCGUGCGCAGAAACCGCGCAGCGUGCCCAGGGCAGUUUGAAGGCGUUUUUGGAACAGCUCGUCGAGCGAACGUGGCCGCGCGAAGAGUCGCGGCGCCCCGAGAGUUUUUAUGACAAGCAAAUUUCUGCGGGGCCUUCGUGUGGGCCGCUGGUCUACGUCCACCCUCUGGGGCUCCACGAUGAGCCGCCGCCAAAGGAGCUCCAAGGGUGUCUCGUGUAUAAGCCGAAUCUCUUUACGCCGCUCCAGUCGCCUCUGGCGGUGUCUGGGGAAGCUGCGCAACCAGGCGUGGGUGGGGCGGCGGAGACGCCUUUUUCCUCGGCGCUGACUCCACAGCCCUCUGCCGGCGAGGACGCGAAGAAAUUCCUCUGGGGAACAGACUUCUCCGGCCGAAUCUUUGGCCACGGCUUCCUGCCGCGAGCCGCCGGAGACGAGGAAGAAGAAGCUCGGCUGUACGAAGGCGAUCCGACGCUGCUGCUGGACUGCACGCCGCCCCUCUGUCUGCUGCUACUCACGCUCCAGUCGCUGCAUGCGUUGCUGGCGGAAGAGGGCGUGCAGAGUCUCACGGCGCUGCCUGCGCGGUUUGAGGAGAAGUGGGGUGUUCGACUUCUGCACAGUCGAGAAGACUUUCAAGUCGCAGGCCUGCACCCGUCGAAGCGGACGCAAGAUCUCCAGAGCGUCGUUGACAAGCCCACCGGCGACGACGGCUACGGCGGGCUGCUCUCCUUCGUCCAGGAGUUCCCUGAAGUCUUCGAAAUCGUACGCGGCUUCGCCAAGGGCGAAGACAGAGACGAAGACGGUCGCAGAGAGGAUCUGAGUGUCCUGAAAGUGCGAGCGAGAGACGUCCCCGAGUUUGCGCGCGUCGCCAACCGCUUCAAGGCGACCAACCCCUGGUUGGAGAGAGGUGCCUGA